CCCCGAACCUUGAGCCGCGGCCGGAAACCGGCCCGGCGCGGUCGCCGGAGUCCGGGCACCAGCUCCAGCCCAGGACGCGCGAGCCGGGCACGCCAUGGCCGGGCCGCGGGGCGCGCUGCUGGCCUGGUGCCGCCGCCAGUGCGAGGGUUACCGCGGCGUGGACAUCCGCGACCUGAGCAGCUCCUUCCGGGACGGCCUGGCUUUCUGCGCCAUCCUGCACCGGCACCGGCCCGACCUGAUAGACUUCAAAUCACUCUCCAAGGACAAUGUCUUCGAGAAUAACCGUUUGGCCUUUGAAGUGGCUGAAAAGGAGCUGGGGAUCCCUGCCCUCCUGGACCCCAAUGACAUGGUCUCCAUGAGUGUCCCCGACUGCCUCAGCAUUAUGACCUAUGUGUCCCAAUACUACAACCACUUCACCGGUCCUGGCCAAGCUGCUGUUUCCUCACCUGGAAAGGACCCAACAUCCCCUUCCCCCACAUCUACAUCACCUGCUGCACACCCAGGAGCUGAAGUUCAGGGUGAGGAGCUCUCUUCAGACAGCCUGUCGGAGCAGGGUGCUCAGCAGCCCCCCAGCAGUGUGUGUGCAGCCUGUGGGCAGCGAGUGCAUCUGGUGCAGCGGUACCUGGCUGAGGGCAGGCUCUACCACCGGCACUGCUUUCGGUGUCGGCAGUGUUCCAGCACGCUGCUCCCAGGUUCUUACAGGAGUGGACCUGAGGAGGGCACCUUUGUGUGUGCAGAGCGCUGUACUAGGCCGGGCCCAGGCGGCCGGUUGGGCACUAGGCCCCUCUCGCAGCAACAGCAGCAGGUGACAGAAGCCAAGGAUGAAGAGGAAGGUGAUCUCAGCCGCAGUACAGCUGCAACUGCUGAAGCAGAUGGACCCCAGGCUAGCCCUGAAGCACAGCUCCAGAUCCUCACCAAGCCACCGCUACCCACCAAGCCCCAGGAGCUGGCCAGCCCCCCUGUUGGCCGGCCCACACCUGCCCCUAGGAGAGCUUCUGAGAGCUCAGUCUUAACACCCCCAACACCACGGCCCCGGUCCAGCCUGCAGCAGGACAGCCUGGUGGAGCAGGGUAGUGGCAGCGGCCUAGUGAAUGGAAGACUGCAGGAACCCCCUAUCCCUAAGCCGAGAGGGACACCCAAGCUGUCAGAGAGGACAACAGCACCUAAGAAGGACCCUCCGUGGAUCACACUGGUGCAGGCAGAGCCAAAGAAGAAGCCAGCCCCACUGCCCCCCAGCAGCCCUGCACUGUCAAGCCGGGCCAGCAGGCAGGUGGAGAAUGGUGGCAUGGAGGAGGGGCUCCAGCAGAACCCAGUAGCUGUCCGAGAGCCCAAGCCCUACAACCCCUUUGAGGAAGAGGAGGAGGAAGAAGAGUCAGCCCCACCAGUACCCAGUCCAGCCCCAGCAGCAUCCAGUCUAGCCCCAGCAGCACCCAGUCCUGCCUCAGUCUCACUGGAGUCUACACCCAAGUCCCUGCACCCCUGGUAUGGCAUCACGCCUACCAGCAGCCCCAAGACAAAGAAGCGCCCUGCCCCAAGAGUACCCAGCGCAUCCCCGCUCGUGCUCCACGCCUCCCGCCUGUCACACUCAGAGCCUCCCUCGGCCACACCAUCACCAGCCCUCAGCGUGGAAAGCCUGUCAUCUGAAAGCUGUAGCCAGACUGCCAAUCAAGGGCUUCUGGAGCCGCCUGCUGUGCCCAAGAGCUCCUCAGAGCCCGCUGUGCAUGCACCAGGUGCUCAUGGAACCCCAGGAAACUCUGCCAGCCCCUCAGCCAACUCAUCCUUAUCUUCUUCUGGGGAACUAGUGCAGCCUGGUGGUGAACAGUUGCCACAGGCCAGGACCAGGGGCAGCCCAGGUACCAAGCCCUGCAGUGGUGCUACCCCUAACCCCCUUUUGUUGGCUGGAGACCGGAGCCCUGCACCCUCUCCAGGGAGCUCGUCACCCCAGUUGCAGGUCAAGUCUUCUUGCAAGGAGAAUCCUUUCAACCGGAAGCCAUCUCCCUCAGCAUCUCCAACUCCAAGGAAGGCCACCAAAGGAGCCAAGCCAGUGAGGCCACCUGCCCCUGGACACGGCUUUCCACUCAUCAAACGCAAGGUCCAAGCUGACCAGUACAUUCCUGAGGAGGACAUCUAUGGAGAGAUGGACACCAUUGAGCGCCAGCUGGAUGCCCUGGAACAUCGUGGAGUUCUGCUGGAGGAGAAACUGCGUGGUGGAGCGAAUGAGGGCCGUGAGGAUGACAUGCUGGUGGACUGGUUCAAGCUCAUCCACGAGAAGCACCUGCUGGUGCGGCGAGAGUCGGAGCUCAUCUAUGUCUUCAAGCAGCAAAACCUGGAGCAGCGCCAGGCUGACGUGGAGUAUGAGCUCCGGUGCCUUCUCAACAAGCCGGAGAAGGACUGGACAGAAGAGGAUCGGGUCAGAGAGAAAGUGCUGAUGCAGGAGCUUGUGACCCUCAUCGAGCAGCGCAACGCCAUUGUCAACUGCCUGGACGAGGACAGGCAGAGAGAAGAAGAAGAAGACAAGAUGUUGGAAGCCAUGAUCAGAAAGAAAGAGUUCCAGAGGGAGACUGAGCCUGAGGGGAAGAAGAAGGGGAAGUUCAAGACCAUGAAGGUGCUGAAGCUUCUGGGAAACAAGCGUGACACCAAGAGCAAGUCCCCUGGGGACAAAAGCUGACAGCGGGACAGAACAGCUAGAGAAACAAGCCUUAGCAAGGGAAGCCUCGAGGCCAGAACAGCACUUUGCAGCCCUCAGACCUGCCACUAGGGAAGAUGACCUUGGGAGGGAGUCUCUAGGUGAGCUUUGCCCUCCUCAGGGUCUUCCAGCUGGUCUGGGCCAAAGUUUUCUUCCCUCUUUCCUGCAUUCCAGAUAGCUGUUACUCAGCCCUGACCAGUUGGACUCUGUCAACUCCAGAUGCUGUGACUGGCCCAAGGGGCAAGCAGGGAUGCAGGGGUCCAGAGCAGCUCCUUGGCUUUUUUUAAUCAGGCCAGAUGGAGUCUUCACUGUCAGUCCUGCUCAUAAGCCCUGAUCUGGGGCACCUUGCAGCAGGCCAGCAGCAGGGCUGGCAGCCCCAGCUUCUUCCUCUCCAACCAUGGCCCUACAUCCCUGCCUUCCUGUCCAGUGCAGGUGCCCUUAAAACUUACAUCUCCUCACUCAGGAGCUCUAUUUAUGAAGUUUUAGUUCUAGCUCAUUACUGGGUGGUCUGUGUUGUGUCAGAUGGGAAUGGGCCUGAUGGGCAGGUCCUUCCUCCCUUGCCUCAGAGUUCUAAAGCAGGGCAGACCUUUGCCUCAUCUUCCUUGUUCAUCUACCACACAUGGCCAUGAUGGCUUUGCUGGGGCAAGUGGGUGCCCUGUUAGCUGCCCCAGUCAAAAUUCUGGUCCUGAUCAGCCUAGGAAGGUGCUUACCACCUCUGGGUAGGUGCUAAUCCUGGUUCUGUAAUAUGUUGUAGUCUGACAUCUAAUUCAGGCCUUGCUUCCCACCCCACGCCCAGGAGAUGGGCCCAUUCACAUCUGUCAUCAGUGCCAGUCUGUCUUCUCUGUUGUCUGUUCCCUCCUCAACUCAUUCCCACCCAAGGACUGAUGACUGCCCACCUACUGGAUGGGUGAAGGAGAGGAAAAAGUGAUGGGGUACCACUGUGCCCGUGGAAUGUGCCUGGCAGCUCAUGGUCAAAGCACUCUUGAAGCUCUCUGGGACUUCUGUAUACUUCCCUCAUACAUUUUGGGGAAGGAGCGCACCGUACACCAACAAUGAAUGGAGACAACCUCAGUUGCCAGUGCCUUGCAGCCUUGGGCACAGCCACAUCUGCCUUCUUGCCUGUCUUUGCCACACCUUGUGGCCAGGCAUCUGGUCACCCAGGAGGGUCUGGGAUUGUCCAUCAGUGCAAACUUGACCGUCACUGCCUACCACUGGGUAGGAUCCUCUUCCUAUGCAUAUGGAGAGGUGGUUGCCUGAACCUGUGUGGUCCCUGCAAGUCUUCCCACAUGCACCUGCAGUAGGGGUGUGGGUGUAUGUUUGUGUCACCAUCUUGAAGACCAUUCAGCGGGAUCUUGUGACCUAGCUGGUGUAACCCUGGGUGAGGCUGUCUCAAUGUCAAGUGAGGUCCUAUGCUUCAAGGGAAUAGCCUCCCUCAUUGAAGUCCAUUAUAACCAGUGAGAGUGAAUGUGUGCCCAGUUGCUUCCUAAAUUGUUUCCAGUUUUCUCAAGAAACCCAGAAUCCAGUUUUCUCCUUUUCUUUUCUUUUCUUUUCUUUUCUUCUUUUCUUUUCUUUUCUUUUUUCUUUUCUUUUCUUUUUUGUU